UAAAGUUUGUUCCUUUAGAGCUCGUGAAUCUUCUAGGGUUUCUUAAUUUGGUGGAUAAAGUUUGUUCCUUUUGAGCUCGUGAAUCUUCUAGGGUUUCUGAGUUUGGUGGAUAAAGUUUGUUGCUCUUGAAUCUUCUAGGGUUUCUGAGUUUGGUGGAUAAAGUUUGUUCCUUUUGAGCUCCUGGAUAAAGUAUCUUCUAGGGUUUCUUGAUUUGGUGGAUAAAGUGUGUUCCUUUAAGCUGUUAAACCAUGUUUAAGAAGAUCAUGAAAGGUGGGCAUCGGAAGCCCUCUAAAUCCGAGGCCAAUGAACCACCGUCUUCUUAUGGUCCUGGUUCCAAUGUCGUCGUUAGUCACGCCUCUCGUGGUGCAUUGGUUCCUUCUCCGUCUCCAGUGACGGCUACUACUCCACAACCUCCGGUUAUGACCUCAGUGGAGCCACUCCCUUUGUUCAGAGACGUUCCGGUUUCAGAGAGGCAAGCUUUGUUCUUGAGGAAGCUUCAGAACUGCUGUUUCUUAUUCGAUUUCACCGACACUGUUAAGAACAACGCGAGAGAGAAGGAGAUUAAGAGGCAGACGCUGCUGGAGCUUGUGGAUUUUAUUCAGUCUGGAGCUAGUAAGAUCAUCUCUGAGUCUUGUCAGGAAGAGAUGAUUAAGAUGGUUUCUGUCAAUAUAUUCCGGUGUCUCCCUCCUGGAUCUCACGAGAAUACGGGUCAAGAGCCUGCAGAUCCUGAGGAAGAGGAGCCGUAUUUGGAACCUUCUUGGCCUCAUUUACAGCUUGUUUACGAGUUGCUGCUGAGAUACGUUGUUUCUACUGAUACUGAUACGAAAGUGGCUAAACGGUAUAUCCAUCAUUCCUUUGUGUUGAAGCUGCUUGACUUGUUUGACUCUGAAGACCCGAGAGAGAGGGAGUAUUUGAAAACCAUUCUUCAUAGAAUCUACGGGAAGUUUAUGGUCCACAGGCCCUUUAUUAGGAAAGCAAUUAACAACAUUUUCUAUAGGUUUAUCUAUGAGACUGAGAGACAUAGUGGGAUUGGGGAACUCUUGGAGAUUCUAGGCAGUAUCAUUAACGGGUUUGCGUUGCCUAUGAAGGAGGAGCACAAGCUGUUUCUAAUCAGGGUGUUGAUACCAUUGCAUAAGCCGAAACCAAUAGCUAUAUACCAUCAGCAGUUAUCUUAUUGCAUCGUUCAGUUUGUGGAAAAGGAUUAUAAGCUAGCGGAUACAGUGAUCAGAGGUUUGUUGAAGUAUUGGCCUGUGACGAACUGCACCAAAGAGAAUCUCUUCCUCGGGGAACUUGAAGAAGUUCUUGAGGCAACACAGCCUGUUGAGUUCCAGCGUUGCAUGGUUCAUUUAUUCCAACAGAUUGGUCGUUCCCUUAAUAGCUCGCACUUUCAGGUUGCAGAGAGAGCAUUGUUCUUGUGGAACAACGAGCACAUCGUGGGUCUUAUCGCGCAGAACCGAGGUGUAAUACUUCCAAUUAUAUACCCUGCACUGGAGAAGAACAUCCAAUCUCACUGGAACCAAGCAGUUCAUGGUCUAACUGAAAAUAUCAAGAAGAUGUUCAUGGAGAUGGAUCCUGAGCUCUUUGAAGAAUGCCAAAGACAGUAUGAAGAAAAACAAGCUAAAUCCAAAGACGUGGAAGAACAACGCCUAUUAUCAUGGAAGAGAUUAGCCGAAGCAGCAGCAGAGCGAGAAGAAGAUCAUAUGAUCACUUCCUAGAUCGAUACAGUAUGGUACUAUUCUCACUUUUUUUGUUCUCUCAUUUUAAUCAAAUCGUUUACUAUUAUUUAUUUACUUACAGUUUAUAAACUUCGAUUUGUUUUGUUUUUUGUUGUGAGAAUCAUCGAUUCUGAUUCUGGUUGCUCAGAGAAUAGUAGAGAAAAUGAGCUAAUCACUAUCAGAGAAUGUCUUUUGUCUGUACUGAAUCAGCUUUAAUACUAAGAAUGUGUUUGAGAUUUUCUGUCUAUUCUAUUAUUUUUC